AUGUUUUCAGCUGGGUUUUUUCAAGUGGGUGAAAAUGCAUAUUCCUUUGCAAUAUGGUUCACAGAGCCAUCCCCAACUCACAACCUCACCGUGGUUUGGAUGUCAAACCGUGACCAGCCGGUCAACGGUAGGGGCUCCAAGCUCAUCUUGCAAAAUAAUGGUAAUCUUAUUCUAACAGAUGCUGGCAAAUCCACCAUCUGGUCUUCCAACACUAUUUCCAAUUCAUUCACCAAAUUACUUCUUCAUGACAAUGGCAAUCUUGUCCUCCUCACUCUGCAAGGUCUUGCCUUAAACACAAAGCUUAUCUCUUCAAGAAGCCUCACCAACUAUUCCUCUGGCUUCUACUCUUUUUCUUUCGACAAUGAAAACACUCUCCGCCUUCUCUACAAUAGCCCCGAGCUUUCGAGCAUUUACUGGCCUGACCCUUGGCGUGCAAGCAGGGAAGUUGGGAGGUCCACAUACAACAACUCUAGAAUUGCCAUGUUUGAUCAUUUGGGCAGUCUAAGUGCAUCGGACAAUUUUAGCAUUUCGUCAGCGGAUUAUGGUGCAAAGUUGCAGAGAAUACUAAAGAUGGAUGCUGAUGGUAAUGUCCGAUUAUACAGCCGAGCACAGCAAGGAGGUACAUGGGUUGUUUCAUGGCAAGCCAUUUCGGAACAACGCAGAAUUCAUGGAAUUUGCGGGGCUAAUAGUUUGUGCAGCCAUGUCCCUAGUUUGGGUAGGAAAUGCUCGUGUCUUCCAGGAUAUGAGAUGAGGAACAAAAUUGAUUGGUCUUAUGGGUGUCAACCUCAACCUGCAGGUGAUCAUUUCAAUCUGUCCUGGUCCUGCAACAAUAGUACUGCUGCUCCGGAUGCGUUCGGUUUUAUGCAUCUUCCUCAUGUUGAAUUCUAUGGCUAUGAUUUCGGCUCAAUUGGAAAAUGGACGCCGCACACGCCUGGUUUUGAUGGAGACUUCUACUUGAAACUACCCAAAUCCAUCCUUUCCUCCUAUAAUGCUUCAGCUGAAGAAUCCAAUUAUGUGUGCUCAGACAAACUCACAAGAUCACUUGACAGAACGUACGAAAAAAGUGGUCCAAAUGGUUCUGUUAAGUUUAUGCUUAAAUUUGCAUAUGCGGUGGGAGUAGCUGAGAUUGUUUGUGUCUUUCUUGUUUGGUAUUUUAUGAGUAGAAGAACUGGCCGAGAAGAUUCAGAUGUGGUUAUGCAAGGAUACCAUCAUGCUGCAACUGGAUUUAGAAGAUUUAGUUACUCGGAGUUGAAAAGGCCACACGAGGCGGAAGCAGAGUUCCUUGCAGAAGUGAGCCUCAUAGGGAAGUUGUACCACAUGAAUUUGAUAGAGAUGUGGGGAUAUUGUGUGGAAGAAAAGCAAAGGCUCUUGGUGUAUGAGUAUAUGGAGCAUGGUUCCUUGGCAGAAAAGUUAUCUUCCAAUGUGCUUGAUUGGAAGCAAAAGUUUGAAAUUGCUGUGGGGACAGCGAAAGGUCUGGCUUAUUUACAUGAAGAAUGCUUGGAAUGGGUUUUGCACUGUGAUGUAAAGCCUCAGAACAUACUUCUAGACUCUAAUUAUAAUCCAAAGGUUGCAGAUUUUGGACUUUCCAAGCUACUAAACAGAGGUGAGCAGAGCAAUUUGAGAUUUUCAAGGAUCAGGGGAACCAGAGGUUACAUAGCGCCGGAGUGGGUUCAGAAUAUGCGCAUCACUUCCAAAGUGGAUGUUUACAGCUAUGGGAUUGUGGUGUUGGAGAUGCUGACUGGAAAGAGCCCAGCUGAAAUUGUUCAAGCAAUAGAAGAUGGAGAGGAGACACAUGAAAAGAUGAUGGUUACAUGGGUGAGGGAGAAGAUGAAUGGAGCAUUUGCAAAUGCAGAGAGCCAAAUGGGAGAUGAUUAUGACCAAGGUAGAUUUGAAAUUCUUGUUAAAGUGGCUCUUCAAUGCUUAGAGGAAGACAAAGAUGCAAGACCCACAAUGAGUCAAGUUGUUGAGAUGCUUCUACGUCAUGAAAACAAUUGA